AUGGCUCCUCGUCAGAAGAGAGAGAUCAAAUUCAUCGAGAACGAAAGAUCAAGGCUAUCUACUUUUCAUAGACGUCAAUGUAGCAUUUUCGAGAAGGCUGAUGAACUCUCAAAGAUACCUGAUGUUGAAGUCCGCGUUCUCCUCGUCUCACCCACUAAUAUAUCGUAUACGUUCGGUAAACCAAGCCUCAUCAAUAAUGUUGAACGUAAUCUCAUGAAAGAAUUGGAACAACUCGAAAUGCAUGAGGAGUUGUUGAGGAAGAGGAACCAAGAAGAACUUGAGAAGUCCAAGAUGUUGGAGAAAGUAGAAUUGGAGGACUUGGUUGCUUUCAAGGAGAAACUGGAGGCCCUUCGAGCAGAUCGAAAGAGGAGACAUGAAGAGAUGAAGGCUUCGGCUACUCUCUUGAUGCUCUCAGAAGAAACCGAGAAUAAGAAGAUGAAGAUUGAGGCAGAUCCAAGGGAAAAAUAUGAACUUCGGCCUAGAAUUCCCCGGAACUAUGUCGAAUAG